AUGGAGGAACAAGGGGUUAAUGGAACUCGUCAAACGCCGAAUACGUCAGUUGGGAAAUCCGGUGAGAUGUUCAAUACUCCACAUUUCAGAAACAAUGCCGAGCCGUCCUUGUCGAAGUUGUCGUUGUCUUCGCCAACGCCAAUCAAGGGUCCUCCCCGUAUACACUCCAAACACAAUCUAUUACAUCACGAGUUUGCCAGAGAGGAUGAAGCAGAGAUGUCCAAGAGUUUCAAUGAUGUGUCACCACGAGAAAACAAGUUUUUGGCCUUGGCCAAAUUUGGCACAGGCAUUCCUGAAUCAUGCCACAGUGAAAAUUAUAAAGUUAGUGAUAAUGCCAACAACAAUGUAAAUUUAUAUGCAUCAGCUAAUAUUUGUAGUCAAAUGCAACACGGUAGGGCAAGCAUCCCAACAUCAAGAAAUAUGGGCAUAGAAGUAAAACCCGACACUGUGUUGAAAAUGGAUACAGAUGACAAUGAGGGGGAUAAAAGUGUUUCAGACCCCCACCCCUCCAAAAGGAAGAGAAAUUCAACUAAUGAAGGUAUUAAUGCAAAUGACGAAUGUACAGGAAGUACGAAAAGUGAUGAGGGAGAUCUAAAUACAAGUGGAUUGGAAUUCAAACCACAGCGUUUGGAGCCUUUGAACAAUGAUGUGGCUUCAAUGGAUAGGAGCAGAUCAGUUGCAACGAGCACAAUUGAUUUUUUGAGCGUACAGCUAUCGACGGAUGACGAAUAUAGCAAUGAACAAGAGAGAUUCAAGUCUUUCUUUGAGAUGGAUGAUGCGUUUUCUAUUUUCACAAGUCAGAAUAGUAAUUUUGAUCUUAGAAUCAAUGAAGUUCAGGCAGGGAUAAUAUGUACAACAACUACACCUACUAAAGUACAAAUGAAAUUCAGUUCUUCUAGGAACAUGUCCAACCCUUCUUUGCGUUCGUUCUGUUCGAAUGCGAGAAGCUCUUUGCAGGAUGAUGUUACUGGCAAGUUUUCAAUAGACCAAUUAGUUGCCCAUGAAAACAAUCAGGCGGUUGCGGAAACAGGUUCAAUUCUCACCAGUGAAAGCAGAGUUGAUUCUCCAUCGCUUUAUUCUUCGGAUCCGCCGCCAUAUACUCCUUUCAUCGAAAAGAGCGAGAGCUGCAGCACAUCUUCACUAAAAGAGGAAGAUAAGAGGAGUGGUUCGGCCAUCUCCCUACUGAAAAGGAACCUCAAUUCUCCAUGCGGUAGCGGUGGGCCAGUCUCACCUAUGAAGAGGAAGAACAACCUUUCUGUUAAUGUAUUUAUUCCGCCAUACCGUUCUUUGAUUAAUCCUCAUCGGGGGUACGACUAUAUUACCAGGCGUGUUAUUAAUGUGGCGGAGUACGAAUUCCCCAUUGGGCAUAAUUCUCUCUUAAGGAAAAAGAAGGAAAGUAAGAUCAAAUCACUGCUAUCAGGGACAAGCAAGAUGAUUAAAAAUGCUGCACAUGCAAGCCCUGAUAAGUACAAGUCAACAACGCAAUUCAAGGAGCUACCUUCUGAUGUUGUCAAACGAAUUAUUGGCAUGGUUACAGAUCAAAGGGACUUAGUCAAUUGUUUGUAUGUCAACAAGGAGUUUCAUAAGUACAGCAAGCAGAAUCUGUACAGGUACCCAAAGUUCACGUCUUCAUACCGAUUUGCACAAUUUGUCCAUGCUAUAAUGAAUAACCAUGAGUUACCCCCUCUCGUUGAGGUUUUUGAUUUGUCAAUGAUUACCACUCCCAUUUCAUUAACAGCCGCUGAAAAAACACGGUACCAGGACAAGUUAGUCUACGGCACAACUGCAGCCAUGGAUGUUUUGAAUGAUAAAAGCAGAGUAGUUUAUGCUGGUUGGAGAGAUUGGAAGUACAGGAACAAUCCACAGUACAAUGGCUCUAUUGAUUGGAGGACCCGUAGAUCGAACUCCUUGAGUGCCAUUUCCAGUUUACCGAGACCCCAUUUUGAACUUAUUGACGGUCGGAACCACUCCUUCAACUCUUUAGUUGAGAUGAGGAGGUACAAGACGAACUCUUCAUCGUCGUCGUCCUUCUCUUUGCUUACUGGCAAGGGCAAAAAAGAGGGGAAAAAACGAAGUCAAGAUUGCAAAGCACUUAGAAAGAGGUCCAAUUCGUUACCAAAGAUCAAGGAUUCGUCAUCCAGGGGAGACAAUUCGCUUUUCAAGGCGUUGAAGAAGUCAUUCAGCAGGGAGAAGAGCACAAAGCAAAAGGAUGAAUUCAGGAGAAGCAGUGUCAAUGUUGUCGGAGGCGGAUGCAGCGGUAGGGAAGGCACCAUGCGUAGAAGGGGGAACAGGGGAAGCGUUGGAGUGAAAUUUGGGGGCAAGAGUGUAGAGGUUGUUAGUGCACGGGUUGUUCCCUUUGAGAAGCCGCAUCCACGGAUGAACGAUAUGCUCAAGCAGUACUGUUUCCAUCGAGAUGUCCCCAUUGGGUAUGUGAUGCACGUAUUGAUGGAGUGUAGACAGUUGAGGGAAAUCAACUUCAACCAUGUGUUAUUAAGUACCGACUACGAAAUGAAGGACUACAGCUCAUUUAACCAUGCUACGGGGAAAGGUACGACCAUGUAUGCGAGCUAUGGGAAGAAGCCAGUGAGGUUGAAUGCUAGCCGGCCGAUAUUUUGGAGUGAUACUGACAGGGACACGAAUAUCAACGAUGGUAAGUUUAUUGAGGGGUUUAUAGAAAGCGUACCGUUUCGGGAUGUGUGGAGGUGUUUUUUGGAGCAGGAAAACAUUGAGAGACUAUUCUUGGAGAGGCUCAAGCCCAUUGAGCAGUCGACCAUUAACGAGUUUUUGUUUCACAGCCGAUUUAGAGAACGCUUGCAAAUGUUGAGUUGCUACAAGUCGGGCAUGGUGAGACGAGAGGAGUGGAAUGUCUUGAAAGAAGCACAAGAGUGGCGGGAGUACAUUGCGGGAGACGAUUCCUGA